CCGAAAAAAUGUCUUCCUCCGAGCAAACCUUCAUUGCCAUCAAGCCUGACGGUGUCCAGCGUGGACUCGUCGGCGACAUCAUCAGCCGAUUCGAGAAGCGAGGCUACAAGCUUGUCGCCAUCAAGCUCGUCACUGCCACCAAGGAGCACCUCGAGAAGCACUACUCCGACCUCGCCGAGAAGCCUUUCUUCAAGGGUCUCGUGACCUACAUGGGUAGCGGCCCCAUCUGCGCCAUGGUCUGGGAGGGUCGUGACGCCGUCAAGACCGGCCGUGUCCUCCUCGGCGCCACCAACCCGCUCGCCUCUGCCCCUGGCACCAUCCGUGGUGACUACGCCAUUGAUGUCGGUCGCAACGUCUGCCACGGCUCUGACGCCGUUGAGUCCGCUCAGAAAGAGAUUGCUCUCUGGUUCGACAAGGCUGAGGUUCAGAGCUGGAAGUCUGCCCAGCACGACUGGGUCUACGAGAAGUAGAUGUGUAAAGGUUGUAAACGGAUAACACUACCAUCUGCGAAAAGAAUAAAUGAGAAAUGAUCAUGGUAUCGCUUUCGUCGAACACUGCUGAGCUAAGCUUGCCUGUUCCUCUGUUUGAGUGAUCGAUGUACUUGAACAGAGUCUCGCCAUUGAGAUAGUAACCCUAAGCCUGGUCAGAGCAAUUCCCGAAACACCCUGGUCGCGUUUCGUCCUAUCACAUUGCACGUCAUGAUCAAGACAAUUUGCUCUUACAUUUGGCCUGGAGGUAUGCCAUCUAACUGAUGAAGCUGAUCAAACGACGGCUCAAACAGGCCAUGGCAACGUCGACGGC